UCAGGUGUUUUUGUGUACACAAUAAGAAUCACGUCGACAAUGAGAUGAUUUCAGUUAACAAUUUUGUAAGCAACAAUUAGCAGCUUAGUAAAUGAGUGAACAGACAGUUCAAGAUGGCUACACGGCACUUUUCAGUUACACAAUAUCGUCCGUCCGAUAGAUUUAUACCGUUUAGGCCACAUCUUGACGUCGAAUCUUCUUACGCCAGGAUCAUGUCGACGUCAUCAGAGUCCCCAGGUUCCGACUGCGGUCAGUUCAAGACGUCCGUUUCAAAGACAUACAAAAGACUUUUGUCGCAAUCUACUCCUGUUGGACAUGGCAAUAUUUUACCAAUUCGCAGAACACCAUCAACCAGUCCUUUCAGCAGACGGAUGCAACACCUUUUCCAGGCGAGCCCGGACUGAGGGAUACGACUCCCCGGGGCAGAGGACCGGAAGUUAUCGCCGCGUGCCCACGUCGCCAGAGUGCAUCAUGGACAUGCCCGGCCUGAGGGACGAUUUCUACACAAACCUGCUGGACUGGAGCUCUCGGAACAUGAUCGCCGUGGCGCUGCACAACUCCACGUACAUCUGGAACGCCGACUCCAAGGUGUGCCAGCGCGUGCAGAUCAGCGUGCCGGGUGCCUCCCCCGCCUUCUACAUCUCCUCGCUCAGCUGGGACCCCCGGGGCCGCUCCCUCGCCAUCGCCACCAACGACGGACACAUUAAUGUGUGUGACGUAGAAAAGAUGACGAACAGCAACCAUUCACAGCUACGCGAGCGGUGUCCAAUAGGAGCCAUGUUGUGGACUGACAUAGGAAUCAUCAGUGGCAACCGGAAAGGUGUUAUCGCUGUGGAGGACCUAAGAGCAAACCACAUCCGGAAAUGUCUGUCCGGAAGUAGCGAUCGUGAAGUGUGUGGACUGUCGCUGGCGGUGGAAACUUCAUGCCUCGCUUCCGGUUCGGACGACGGUGUCGUCAAUAUUUGGGACCUACGAAUGAUGCAGCGGUUACGUUCCAUCGAGGCGCAUAGCGCAUGCGUUAAGGCAUUGUCAUGGUGCCCAUGGCGUCAAGGUGUCCUAGCAACCGGAGGCGGAACCAGUGACGGUCACAUUCGGUUGUGGUACGCGCAUUCUGGCGAGAAGCUGGGGGAGACAUACACACGUGCUCAGGUAUGUGGCCUGGUUUGGUCGGACGAGUACAAGGAGCUGUUGUCCUCAACGGGGUCGCCCGAACCAGACAAGAACGACCUCCUGCUCUGGUCUAUGAAGAACUGCGAGUUUGAACCCCUUGGGAGACUCCGGCAGCAUCUGGGCCGACCCCUGCACAUCGCUAUCAGUCCCGACAAGACCACCAUAGCGUCUGCUGGAGCCGACGAAUCAUUAUGCCUGUGGAACACUUUCCCAAAGCGGUGUCGACGCAGACUCUGGAACCAGUGGGACAAGUCCGUCUUCAACCCUACACGUUACAUCCGGUGAAAAUACGCAUACCACAAUGAUCGGGAACCAACGCCAUAGAGAGAGAUCCGAAAAUUUUUGAAACGUUCUGAAGCGCUCAGAAUGUCGUCUGGUGAUCAAGUUUGACCUGUCACCAUGCAUACAGACGUAAUUUUGUACCGUCAUCGUUUCGUAGUUCAUUUAAUAAACAAAGUGCUCAUGCAUUAAUAAAAUCAGUAUUUUGUGUACAUAUAACGUAUCCCGACAAUGUGAUUUGAUAUGUUUAUUUAUUUAACAGUUUAUUACUUUUUGUUUCCUGUUAUUUUUUACACAUGUUAUAAAUGAUAUACUAUCAACAUAUUUGUACAAAAUUGUGUUAUCAAAUACAUUUAAAUGGAUACAAUAAAUAAGGAAAGUAAUUACUAACCAUA